AUGGCGUCCCGGGGCCAGGCUCACCCGGGCCCCAAGUAUGUGGGCCUCUGGGACUUCACGGCCCGGACGGAUGAGGAGCUGAGCUUCCAGGCAGGGGACCUCUUCCACGUGGCCAGGAAGGAAGAGCAGUGGUGGUGGGCCACCCUGCUGGAUGCAGCGGGCCAGGCUCUAGCUGAAGGUUAUGUGCCCCACAACUACCUGGCUGAGAAGGAGACUGUCGAGUCAGAGCCGUGGUUCUUCGGCUGCAUCUCCCGCUCGGAAGCUCAGCACCGGCUACAGGCUGAGGGCAACGUGACAGGUGCCUUCCUGAUCAGGGUCAGCGGGAAGCCGGGUGCUGACUACGUGCUCUCGGUGCGGGACACGCAGGCCGUGCGGCACUACAAGAUCUGGCGACGUGGGGACCGGCUGCACCUCAAUCAGGCGGUGUCCUUCCGCAGCCUGCCCGAGCUCGUGGAGUACCACAAGGCCCAGAGCCUGUCCCACGGCCUGCAGCUGACCGCACCCUGUCAGAAGCAUGAGCCCGAGCCCCUUCCCCACUGGGACGACUGGGAAAGGCCAAGGGAGGAGUUCACACUCUGCAGGAAGCUGGGGUCUGGCUACUUUGGAGAGGUCUUCGAAGGGCUCUGGAAAGACCAGGUCCGAGUGGCCAUUAAGGUGAUUUCCCGAGACAACCUCCUGCACCAGCACAUGCUCCAGUCGGAGAUCCAGGCCAUGAAGACGCUGCGUCACAAACACAUCCUGGCACUGUAUGCAGUUGUGUCCGUGGGGGACCCCGUGUACAUCAUUACAGAGCUCAUGCCUGAGGGGAGCCUGCUCGAGCUGCUGCGGGAGUCUGACAAGAAAGCGCUGCCCGUUUCGGAGCUGGUGGACAUUGCUUCGCAGGUGGCUGAGGGCAUGUGCUAUCUGGAGUCACAGAAUUACAUCCACCGGGACCUGGCGGCCAGGAACAUCCUUGUGGGUGAAAACAACAUCUGCAAAGUCGGGGACUUCGGGCUAGCCAGGCUCAUCAAGGAGGACAUUUACCUUUCCCAUGACCACAACAUCCCCUACAAGUGGACGGCCCCCGAGGCGCUCUCCCGAGGGCAUUACUCCACCAAAUCUGACAUCUGGUCCUUCGGGAUUCUCCUCCAUGAGAUUUUUAGCAGGGGUCAGAUGCCCUACCCAGGCAUGUCCAACCACGAGGCCUUCCUGAGGGUGGACGCUGGCUACCGCAUGCCCUGCCCCCCGGAGUGCCCGCCCAGUGUGCGCAAGGUGAUGCUCUCCUGCUGGUCCAGGGACCCUGAGCAGAGGCCUUGCUUCAGAGCCCUGCGGGAGAGGCUGUCCAGCUUCACCAUGUACGAGAACCCGCUCUAA